ACGAUAGACCACGAUGAAAUGGAAGAUUCUCUUGUAGGAAUCUCGCCUCGUGCAAGUGGAAGUGUGUGCUCGUUGUUUAGCAUCGACAUCAGUGACUYCAUCGGUCAUGAAAAUGGUGCUGGGCCCUCGACUGGAAAUGGAGAUGAAGAUGUUAACUCGAGUGACAGCCAUUAUUCAUGUAAAAUUUGCCGGGACAAUUCAAUAACAGAUGAAAUCAUUUCUCCUUGCUCUUGCACGGGAACGAUGGGCCGAGUUCAUCGAAAGUGUAUUGAAGAAUGGCUUUCCAUGUCUAAUAAAAACACAUGUGAGAUCUGUAGACAGUCGUUUCAGGUGGAGCGUACUCCGAGAGGAUUUCGAGAUUGGCUCAAACAUCAACAGUCAAGAAUAGAAAGGCGCUACAUAAUCGCAGACGCCAUUUGCUUUCUAUUUCUCGCACCCCUCACAGUAGGGAGCACGUACCUCUGUGGUAAGGGCGCAUUCUACUACUUCGAUAUCGGUUUUGUAUGGUUGUCCGCUGGCCUGUUAGUAUUGAGUUCUUUUCUAUGGCUUCUUUUCGUGUUUUGGGCUGUCAUGACAUUGAGAUUUCACCUCAAGGUGUGGCACCAAUGGCAGCGCCGAAACCAAGUCGUACAUUUAAUCCUCAACCGCAGUCAUGAGAACGAACGAGAAAACGUUUUUGAUGCUCAUGAAUCGGUUACUAUCGUCUAAAGAGAAUCCCCGCUUACCACAGGCAACCCAAGCUAUUUAAUGUUUCUGUUGAAAAUUUUAGAUAUUUUUCAUAUAUGCUAAUCAGAUUACCUUGUUAGUCUUAAGCUGCCUGUUUAAUUCUAACUUCUUUUACUGGGUUCUGUAGCGCCUUAAAGUCUACUUUCCACACAUAAGCUAUAAAGCUCCCUACUACCCUAUCUACCUUACAUUUUUCUUUUGCACCAACCAGC